CACUGAUUGGCAGCACUGAAAGGUGGCACUGAUUGGCAUUGAUAGGUGGCACUGACCGGCACUGAUGGGUGACAUUGAAAGGCAGCUCAGACGGGCACUGAUAUGUGGCAUUGAUGUGGCACUGAUGGGCACUGGCACGUGGCACUGAUGAGCACUGACAGCUGGCACUGAUGGACACUGACAGGUGGCACUGCUGUGGCUACACUGAUCAUCAGGGCACACUGAUCAUCACUGUCAGCGUGACAGCUCGAGAGGAGAGAAAUGCCGAUAACCGGCAUUUCCCUGUUUACAUGUGAUCAGCUGUGAUUGG